GCGCCGCCCUUCCCCGGCGCGGGCGAGGGCGCGCCUGAUUUCCGAGGCUGGCAAGUUUUUCCCGGUUAGCUGUGCGCACAGUGAAGGGAGGACUGGGCCAGACCCACCCGAAGUGACCCGGGCCGCGCCGGGGGAGCGUCCCCCUGGCUGCUCCUAGGCCCGGCCGGGGUUGGUCUGGUGGACGCUGUUCCCCGCAGAGGCGGUCCUAGGGAUCUGGCGGCAGUACCUUGUCAGCCCCCAGCUGAUGUUGGGGUUUCAGGCCGGCGUACGAGGACCCGAGGGCUGUGUACCCGGGCUGGCCUCUCAUGUCCCCUUUUAUCUCCCUCAGUUCAUCGUCCGGUCUCACCCCGGGGAGGCGCACCGUGCACCAGGUGGUGGCCAAGAGCCUCCUGGCAGCGGCAACACGCGAGUGAGGCCUACUGCACCCCACCGGCAUCCCAGCUCCAGGCCGUGGACCUCGAACUCAGUUUGAAGGAAAAUUAUUCUUGGAAGACUUGAGUCCUCUGUUUGCCUGAAGAAUGUUAGGUGUCUGUUCUGAAGAGGGAUUGAGACCUGCCAUGAAACUUGUGCCCAGAGGGGAGAGUGUCCCUAUGGAAUUAAGUUUAGGAAAGGAGUUCUCAGACCCCAGAAGAAUUUGAGAACAAUAGAGUUCUCACAGAAGAUUGCCCAGGAAAUGAAUAGUCACUGGGGCAAUGUGGUGCCAACAGCCACAAGUGUUCAGGCUGCUUUAGGCCCUGGCCCAGUUUGGACACUCGUCUUGGUCAGAAGUUGUUCCCCAACAGCCUGUGGGAGCUCAGGACCUGAAUGACCUCAGCACCUGGACAGCUACCAAGAGGGGCGAUUGGUGGAAGAGGUUUCCCAAGCCUUCCAAGUGAAAGCCCAGCCUGCUGAGGACCUCUGCCCUCGUCACAGCAGCCUCUCCAGGUCUCCAGAGGAAAUGGAAGCACAUUCCUGGCCAGGCCCACCCCAGGCAUCUGUGUGCUUCGAGGGUGUGGCUGUGACCUUCACACAGGAGGAGUGGAGACAGUUGAACCUGGCCCAGAGGAUGCUGUACCGUGACGUGACUCUGGAGACCUGUGGCUGUCUGGUCUCCCUGGGGCUUCUGCUUUCCAAGCUGGAAGUGAUCUCCCAGCUGGAACGAGAUGACCUGUGCAGGGUGCGGCAGCCGCCUCCCCGAGACUGCGAGGCUACACUUGAAAAGAAAAGGUCAGCUUCUGAGAGAGUUAACAUUAGGGAAGAACUAUCCCACCACAUGGAAAUGAAUCACUGCAUUCAGGGUGAGCACCCCUGGCCAGAGCCUUUAGGAAAUAUGCAGGACCAGAUUGACUGUCUACAGGAAGCCCACGAGGAAUCUGUGAGGCAGAUGCCUCUGACCUCAGAGGGACUGUUUGCUGAAGGUGAACAUUGUGAGCAUGAACUUGGGGAAGGUCAUCGUCUAUGUUUAAGCCUUCUACCUCCAACAUUACUUACAAAUGAACAUUUUGAGAAACUCAGUGCACAGGGGAAGGAGUGGAAACAAAAUCCAGUUUUCAUUACUCAUGAGAAAGCCUGGGCAGGUCUGAAGCCCUGUGAAAAUUGUCAGCGUGCUAGAGCCUUCUGUCAGAGUAUCUACUUGAGUAAACUUGAAAACAUUGAGACAGGAAAUAAAACUCCAUGUGACUAUGUUGUCAGUAGUGACUCCCUCAACUUUGGUACCUCUCUUUGUUUUCAUGGUAGAAUUUUUUCAGCAGAAAACAGCAGUGAUUGUAAGGACUAUGGAAACCUUUUCUGUCAUAGAGUGUCUCUAAAACACAAGCAGGUAGAUUUUGGAGGAACUAAGUAUGAGUGUGACAAAUGUGGGGAAGCCUGUUGUGAGAGUUUGUGCCUGGCACAAAUGGAAAGAAGUGAUCCUGGUGAGGCCUCCUUCAGAUGUAAGGGGAGCUGUGAUUCCUUCCCCAUGGCCUCAUCUUUUAAUGACCAUAACAUCAUUCAGACUAGGAAGAAGCCAUAUGUUUGUAAUCAGUGUGGAAAAUCUUUCAGCUGUUGUUCUAAGCUUCUUGUACACCAGAGAACACACACAGGAGAAAAGCCCUAUAAAUGUACUCAGUGUGGGAAAUCUUUCAGCCAGAGCUAUGACCUUGUUGUACAUGAGAGAACACAUACUGGAGAGAAGCCCUACAAAUGCAACCAGUGUGGGAAAUCCUUCACCCAAAGUUCCAAACUUACUAGGCAUCAGCGAACUCACAUUGGAGUAAAACCAUAUAAAUGUCUCGAAUGUGAGAGAUCCUUUAGGUGGAACUCUAACCUCAUUGUGCAUCAGAGAAUCCAUACUGGAGAGAAACCAUAUGAGUGCCCUCACUGUGGAAAGUCCUUCAGCCAAAGCUCUGACUUCAUAGCACAUAAAAGGACUCACAGUGGAGAGAAGCCUUAUGAAUAUAACCAGUGUGGAAAAUCCUUCAUUCGAAGCACUCAGCUCAUUAGGCAUCUGCAAAUUCACACUGGAGAGAAGCCGUACAAAUGCAGUCAGUGUGAUAAAACCUUCAUGGGGGCCGGGCGCGGUGGCUCACGCCUCUCACACCUUAUUGAGCACCAGAGAACUCAUACUGGAGAGAAACUCUUUGAGUGUCAUCAGUGUGGGAAAGCCUUCACAGGGAGCUCACAUCUUCUUUCCCAUCAGAGAAUUCAUUCUGGGGAGAAACCAUAUCAGUGUAAUGAUUGUGGGAAAUCUUUCCAUCAGCGAUCUCAGCUGGUCGUGCAUCAGCGGACACAUACUGGAGAGAAACCUUAUGAAUGCAGUCAUUGUGGCAAAGCUUUCAGCCAGAGGUCUCCCCUCAUUGUGCAUCAGAGAAUGCACAUUGGAGAGAAGCCCUAUCAGUGUAGCAUGUGUGUUAAGGCCUUCAGUCAGCAAUCAAGACUUACUGAACAUCAGAGAACGCAUACUGGAGAAAAGCCCUAUGAAUGUAUUGAUUGUGGGAGAGCCUUCAAUGAUCGGUCAACUCUUACUAAACAUGAGAGAACACAUACAGGAGAGAAACCCUAUGAAUGCAACCACUGCAAGAAGGCCUUUAGCCAAUGGUGUCAACUUACUAGGCAUCAGCAAAUUCAUACUGGAGAGAAACCCUAUGAAUGUAAUGAAUGUGGGAAGGCUUUCAGUUACAAUACAUCCCUUAUUCAACAUGAGAAAGCUCGUGGGCAGGAACCCCUAUGAAUAAUCGAGAUGGGAAUGUUCCCUGCCAAGCCCUUGUUGCUAGAAAUUAGAUGACCAUAGUGGGACUUUCAGAGUAGAGUCCAAUGACCACGCAUGUCAGGAUUGCCUGGCAUGUGUACUGAAACUGCAUAUUACUAAGCUUAUCCCCAGCUUACUAAAUCAGAAUUUCUAGUGGUAAAACCCGGGUAUCUCAGUUUCUGAAAGCAGCCCGUGCGAUUUGUUUACACAUCAAAAUGUGUCUACUGUUGUCUUUAGGUGAGAAGCUAUGAAUAUGACCACUGAUGAAAAGCUUUCAGUCAGAGGUAUUGGCAGUAGUUAGGAAACUCAGGGUGGAGCUGUACCCUCCAGAUGAUAUAUUUAGUGCAAACAACAACUCAAACCAUGAUCAGACACUGUCCCCAUUUAACACAUUCCUGAAAAUGAUAGUGGGCUGGAAAAUGGUUUUGCUGCAGAGCCCUGAAAACUCUAAACUACUACUACAUGAGGAAGUUGGAGUUUAGGAUGAAAUAUGAAAUCAGCCAUCUUUUCUGUAAACCAUCAGUAAAGAACAAAAACUGAAGGAGGCCUGGGUCUGGGAACUAUUCCACAGUGAUUUUAUUAUUGGAAUUAAAAGUAUUUCAGAGAUUC